AUGGCCCCUGAAACUCCAAUGGUCUCUAGAUCUAUCUAUGCAUACGAGAAGGCGCACAAGGCAAGAGCCUUUGUGACAUUUCUGGCGGGUAAUGGAGACUAUGUAAUGGGUGUAGUAGGUCUAGCAAAGGGUUUGCGUAAGGUUAAAAGUGCUUACCCUCUUGUUGUUGCUGUGCUGCCUGAUGUGCCUGAGGAACAUAGAGAGAUCUUGAGGUCCCAAGGAUGUGUCGUUCGUGAGAUCGAGCCUGUCUAUCCUCUGGAUAGCAAAAAUGCUUACGCAAGGGCUUAUUACAUUGUUAAUUACUCAAAACUGCGAAUUUGGAACUUUAAAGAGUACAGCAAGAUGGUUUUCUUGGACGCAGAUAUUCAAGUCUUUGAGAACAUCGACGAGCUCUUCGAUAUGCAAGAUGGUUAUUUACACGGCGUGUUGAGCUGUUUUUGCGAGAAAAUAUGGAGCUACACGCCGCUUUACUCGGUUGGUUACUGUCAAUAUUUUCGAGAGAAGGUCAUGUGGCCGGCCGAGAUGGAAUCUUCUCCCCCUCCUUUGUACUUCAACGCUGGAAUGUUUGUGUUUGAGCCUAAUCCUUUGACUUAUGAGAGUCUCCUCCAAACCCUCAAGGUCACACCACCCACACCAUUCGCGGAGCAAGAUUUCCUCAAUAUGUUUUUUGAGAAAGUUGUAAACCCACUCCCUCCAGUUUAUAACCUGAUCCUGUCUGUGCUUUGGUGCCAUCCGGGGUGCGUUGACCUUGAUAGAGUCAAAGUUGUUCACUAUUGUCCACCUGGAUCAAAGCCAUGGAGGUACACAGGAGAAGAGCCUAACAUGGACAGAGAAGACGUCAAAAUGUUGAUCAGGAAAUGGUGGUAUAUUUAUAAUGACGAGUCCCUCGAUUUCAAACCAAAAAUCCAUGAAAAUUUGGAAGAAUCCAUUUGGAAGCAAACAAUUAUAGCUACCGGCUUACCGUAA